AUGACACUUGUGCGGAUAUCGCGAAGGAGUAUUCCAUCUCUCAAGCGCAAUUCUACGCCUGGAAUCCCGCCGUGGGAGGUCCUUGUUGACAACUCCCGCCAUGCAGCCGAUUGUACCGACCUCGAUGUCGAAGACGCGUACUGUGUCAAGCCCCCCACCACUAUCAGCACGGUGACUACUUCCUCGACUUCUAGCGCGGUGACCUCGACUGGGACAACGAUCACUCCGCCGGGUCCUACACAGGCGGGCAUUCCAGCGAACUGUGACGCAUAUGCAUUGACCCAGCCCGAUGACGGGUGUCAGGCAUUUGCCGACCGGAACAAGAUCACACUGGAGAAUCUUUACAACUGGAACCCAUUUCUCAACAAUGACUGCGAGAACUUCUGGGCCGAGGAGGCCUACUGCAUCGGCGUCUCAUCUUGA